CCGAAUCUCGUGAUAUACUCCAGCAGAAAUAGGUUAUGAAAUGGUAUAGGAAUCCGAAAGCGCAAGUCACCGACACACCCGUACUUGUCAGGCAGCUUUCACGCGGUGGGUUCCCGGCAUAAAAUUAACCCCAAAUCUACAUAAUUAUCAAUCUCACCACAUAUAUCUAACAUACGAUACAAUCAAUUAUGGCAGAUCCAAACCGUCCGCCACCGGUGACCGGGUACCCAGCACCACCGCCCCAAAACGGCACUGCAUAUCCGUACCCUGCUGCACAACAAACCUACUUCAAUACUUCAUACUACCCACCAAACAACCCAUACACCCUCCAGCAACAACAAGAACGCAUUAAAUUCCUCCGGCGCAUAUUCGCCAUCUUCAUGGGUUGCAUCAUCAUCACCGGCAUAAUCGUUUUCCUUAUGUGGGUCAUUCUCCGUCCACAAGUGCCUGAAUUCCGUGUCAAUUCCUUAUCUGUAUCCAACUUCAAUGCAUCAUCCAACUCAUUAGUUUCAGGCAAUUGGGAUGCCCAGUUGAUGGUUAGAAACCCCAACUCAAAGAUCACUCUGUAUUAUGAUCAAAUCGAAGCUGCCGUCUUUUACAAGGCCGAAUCUAUUGCCGAAACUACUGUUGCCCCCUUUGUUCAAGGCAAAAAGAAUGAGACGGCCUUCGGGGCCAAGUUUGCUUCGGUUUCCUCUUAUGUGAAUGACAAGAAUGGGAUUGCCAAUGACCGAAUCAAGGGGAAUGCUGUUGCUUUUAAUAUAAGGAUGGUUGCCAGGGUUAGAUUCAAAGCCGGUUCUUGGUGGGCUAAAAGACGGGUUUUGAGGGUUUAUUGUCCUGAUUUGAAUGUCGCCUUUUCUACUAAUGCAACUUCUUCUGGAUCUUUGACUGCUGCUGGAGUUAAGAAUUGCAGAGUUGGUCUUUGAGGUUUAUCCGACUUAUUUUGUAUAGCUUAAUUUAUGAAGAUAUGGUUAAGGAGGCACUUUGCUUGUUUCGUACACAUGCUAGGAUGAGGUUUUUACUCGCUCUUUAUUUGGUUAAUGAAGAAUCGUCAAUCUUUAGGUCAUUUGUUGGCGGUCAUUGUUGAUGUUCAUGCUUGUUGCUUGGUGGGCUAGAAACAUGGUUUUGAGGAUUUCUUACGUUUUAACUCAUCUGUUGAUGUUUCUAAUAGUUAUACCUUAAGAUCCAAGAAAUGUAGAGCUGGGCUUUAGUAUGUGGUUGAUGGACAGGUUUUUAUUGAAGGCU